AUGACGGCGGUGGAAGGCAUGGACGAGCCCCAGAUCAACUUUAGGAUGUCGGUCUCCUUGUUCCAUUGCGGAGCUUGCUUCCGUCCCCUGAAACCUCCCACGUUCAAGCGGUUUGCAUGCAGUGUGAGGCCCGGCACCGCGUGUGCGGCACCUGCCGCGACAGCCACAGCCAGGUCUGCAACCGCGCCGCGCACCUACGCCGCCUGCGACGGGGAGGACGCCUUCUUGCAGGACGCCAAGCUGCCGUGCGCGUACAAGGAGUUCGGGUGCGAGAGCUACGUCGUCUACCACAAGGAGGCCGACCACCUCCGGGCGUGCCCAUGGGCGCCCUGCUCGUGCCCGGACCACGGCUGCCGCGUCUUCACCUCGCCGGCGCGGCUGCUCGAGCACCUCGGCGGCCGCCACUCGUGGCCGGUCACCGGCGUGAGCUACGGGAAGCCGUGCAAGCUGCCCGUGCCGCCGCCGCAGGGCUGGCACGUCCUCGUCGGCGGAGAGGACCGGUGCGUGUUCCUCGUGUCGGCGUCCGCGCUCGGCGCGGCCACGGCGGUGUCCCUGGUGUGCGUGAGGGCGAACGGCGACGCGGCGGCGGCGGGGGCGCCGCAGUUCGAGUGCAGGAUCUGGGUGGAGGCCCCGGGCGCCAGCGGGUCCACGGCGAUGAUCGCGUCCACGGUAAGGAGCAGCAGCCUGUCUCGUGGCUUCGUGGCGGCUGACCAGGACAUGUUCUUGGCCGUGCCGCCGGAGCUGCUGCACGGCGCGUCCGGCGAGACGCCCAUCCUCUCGGUUCGCAUUAACAAAGUCCGUGAUGCUGCAGACUCCAGUACUCGAGCCGCAGCAAGGAGCUCCAGGAGACUGCAGUAG